UAGGGCAGGGGGUGAGAAAUCGUUCUGUGGGAAGCAUUUAGAGAUUUUAUUAUUUUUAAAAGUAAUCUUUUGAAAGUAUUAUGUAUGCACACACACUUAUUUUAAAUGACAGGUAUCCAAAAGUGCAGGCUAAAAUGCAAGAAGAAGUGGAUAGGAUUGUUGGAAGAGACCGUCUGCCAUGUACUGAAGAUCAGCCUCAUUUGCACUACAUCAUGGCUUUCUUGUAUGAAUCCAUGCGUUUCAGCAGCUUUGUGCCUGUUACUAUCCCACAUGCCACCACAACCAACACCUUCAUAAUGGGCUACCUCAUUCCCAAAGACACAGUGAUAUUUAUUAAUCAAUGGUCAGUGAAUCAUGAUCCAGCAAAAUGGUCCAACCCAGAAGAUUUUGACCCAACGAGAUUCCUGGAUGAGAAUGGAUUCAUUAACAAAGAUCUUACUAGUAGCGUGAUGAUAUUCUCAUUGGGAAAACGUCGGUGUAUUGGAGAGGAGUUAUCGAAGGUGCAGCUGUUUCUCUUUACCUCCAUACUGGUGCAUCAGUGCAAUUUUACUGCUAAUCCAAAUGAGGACCCUAAAAUGGACUUUACUUAUGGGUUGACCAUUAAACCUAAGCCAUUUACUGUGAAUGUCACACUUAGAGAUACUAUGGAUUUGCUUGAUAAGGCUGUCCAAAGACUGCAAGCAGAGAAAACAGCCAAUGAAAAUCACCCAUCAGCAAAUGCCUAAGCACCAAAUCUUGCAUCUAAAGAUACUCCCUCUCUCUUUUUAGACUUAAAUAACUUACAGUUUGUUCUGGUGAUCUUUUUGGAAAAUAGACAACAAGAUACAGGAGCAGGAAGGAAAACUGCGCAAGUCAUAAUUCAGUCCUCUUUUUUAAUUCUAGAGGCAGAGCCAGAAGCAUUUAAUAUAUUAAAUGAUAAAACAUAUGCAAAAAUAUGCAAUUUGAAAGUAAGGUUUUCCUUUUCUAGCCUGUUCACAGAAGUUAUAAUUGUAAAGCGUUUUUUGUCUGCUGACUGGUUAGAGCAUUUCCAGGAACUGUUUGUACAGUCCUUUCCAUGUCUCCGUGCACUAUGCCUUAACUCUAAGCUCGCCUUCAGUGAUUCCACAUUCCAAAGUGAAAUCUCAUAUUCCACAAAAAAAAAAAAAAAGCGCACUCAGAACAUUGUAGCCUCCCUCUGAGUUCACUCUUUUGGAAACUGCCAUAGGCAUAUGGCAGGUCCUGCGUUGUGACUGCUGGGGUGUACAUUAAUGCCUCCAUAAAAAACUUUCAAAUACUUUUGAUAAAAGGCCAAUGUAAAAUCUUGCCUUUAAUAUGCCAGAGUGUUUACACAUAUGACUAAAAAAAAUAGAUUUGCUUAUGAGCACAACAUAUUUUAAAAUAAAAUUCAUAUUUUAUAUGAGAACAGAGUGUCCUAAUCCAGUCACUUUCAAUACGUAUUGAAAGGAAAGAUCAGAACUGGUAUGUCACCAGUUUUCUCCAGUAAAGACGUGAAUCCCUGCCCCUAGGCACAUAGUAAGUCCAGUUAAAAUUCAAAUGGGCCAGGAUUUGUAGAAGUGAGA